AUGAAAGAUACGAUGAAGGAAGUGGAAGGGAAAGUGAAGUUUUCAAUGGCGGAUUCAACGAUGAUGUUGCUUGUACAACAAGCAAUGGACAAAGCUCACGAGAAGAUCAAGACGAAACACGGCCUUCUCCUCCGUCUCAACGCCAUAUCUCUUUUCUACGAGCUCGCCGUAUUACAGCUCGAGAGCUGUCUCAGUCUCGUCAAACAAGAGACGGAUAAACUCGAGAGCAACCACGAGGAAGUGGUUCACGAUCUGAGAGUGAUCAAAGACAGGCUUCACCACCGUCUCUUGGAGACAGAGCUAGCGAUUCUCGAGAAAGACAGAGAGUUGUUGGAGAGGUCUGAGAACGAAGAGAGUCUGAGAAACGUGUUGGAGAGUAAAGAGACGGAGAUUGUUCAUUUGCAAGAUCUUGAGAGAAGCAGAAGUCAUAAUAAUAGUAAUAAGAUUGGAGAUUUUAUCAAAGAAGAUGAGUUUUCUGAGCUGAAGAGCUCUGUUGAUCAACAGGUGAUGAAUCUCAGACAGAAGCUAGAGACAGAGUACGAUGAAUUGGGGAGAGAGAAAACAGAGGACCCUUCAGGGGUUGAUAUAGAUGUUUUGAAAGGGACGAUGGAUCUUGCGUUCAACAAGAUGCACGACGCGAUAUUCUUGUCGGAGCUGGGACCGAUUGAGCAGAGCUGGAGAUGGUCUAUAGAGAGAGAUUCAAUGGCGUUGCUGAUAAAAGGUUUCAUGAAUGGUUUGGAGGAGAAGAAGAAGAAGGCGAUGAUGGUUGUGAGAGAGUACGAAUUAGGGUUUAAAGAUAGGGUUUGUUCGAUUCGUAGAGAUGUAGAGUGUUUAGAGUCUCAGUUAGAUCAUAGAUCAUGUGUAGAGACAGCUUCAUCAUCUUCAAUAGGUUGUGAGAUUGGUGAUGAUAGAGAAGAUGAAAAAGGAGAAGAAGAAGAAGAUUCAAGUAAUUUACCUGUUUCCAAGUUGAUAAAGAGUCAUGAAUCAAUCAUUAGGAGGAAAAGCGAAGAGCUUGCUCCUCCUAAGAUUGAGUCUGUUAAAAGACAGAAGAGCAGCAUCAAUAGCCCUAGGUUUAAGCGAGGUGUUGAUGAUAUUGUUGCAGGUCUUGAUAGGUUAAUGAGUGUUAACACUAAGAUGUUCGAACAUAUGUUUGAUGAUUAUGAUGAUGAUAGAUAUGAUCUUGUUCGUGGUCAAGAAGUGGUGGUGGUGGAGGAUGGUUUGGAUGAUGUUUGGAUGAAAAUGCAGAAACGUAGAUCGGUGUUUUCAGACAAUGGGAAAGAGGAGAAAGAAGAUGCAGAGAUGGAGUUGAUGAUCUUGGAAGAUAUUUACUUGACUCUUCUCAAAGGUUUAGUAACAGAUGAGAUCAUAAACAAUAGAAAAGAGGAAGAAGAAGAGAUCAAGAGUGAAAAGAUGGAGCCUAGGGUCGAAUGUGUGGAUUGUUUAGAGAGUUUGAAAUUGGAGAAGGAUUUUGAGAUUAUUAUUCGUGAAGAUGAAGAAUUUAGACAUGAAGUGGAUUGGAUUGUUGUAACAGAGCUGGUAAGAGAGGUUUCGGAGACUGUAGAGAAUCUUGAAAGGAUUGAGGCAAACAAUAAAAGGAUGGUUGAGGAAGAAGGAAACAGAGCUUGCAUGGAAAUGUCUGUAGUUUUUGAUGAUUUUGAUUUCAAAAUUCUAGAGAAGUUAAAGAUGGUAACGUCCAGGUUACAAAACUUGGAGAGAAAGAUUCAUUCAAAGAUGGAUUCGGUCGCAGAAUGUAGAAGAACAGAAUCAGUUUAUAAAACAGCUUUUCUUCUUAUGUCUGAAAAUCUCAGAAAGGCAGAAACUGAGGUUGAUCUUCUUGGGGAUCAAGUCGAUUCGCUAGUGAAUAUUCUCAAGAAAACACUUUGGACAUUUCAUCAGCAUCCAUUGCUUCUCUGCAAUCACUCAGAUAUAUCAGAGAUCUCGAAGAUGAUCAUGAAAGAGUUGUCAUCUGAGGAUUAA